AUGGCCGGCAAGCAAACCCACCCUCACACUGGUCUGAAAGUUUACUUAAUUCGUCAUGCCGAAUCUAACAAUAACUUAGCAAGCUGCACGAUGGAAAGAUCAGAAUAUGAAAGAAUCAGAGAGCAUGACCCUACCUUAUCAGAAGGAGGAAUUGAAGAAGCUCGCCAGCUCGGCCAAUACAUGAAAAACCAUCCAGAUAAAUUCGACAACUUUAUUGACCAAUGUUUCGCAGAAAUACACUGCAGUGCAAUGACCAGGUCAUUGCAAACUGCUGACAUAAUUUCUAACUCCUCCUUUGAAAAAACCCUGAAAAUAAUCUUUUUUUUUUUAAAUAAAAAUAUUUUGCGAUCAUAAGAUCAUAAUAAAUUUAUUAGCUUGCUUUAUAUUGCAUAAUUUUUAUAAAAUAAAAAAAAAAAAACCUACGUGAGCCAGUAAAAAUUUUUACAUAGGAGUAAAGAAAUCGGAUUAGACCCCAUUGUAUGGGUAGAUAUUCAUGAAGUAAAAGGCUGCCGAUCUCGAGGCCAAGCAUAUUUAGGCAAAAGUCGCGGACAAAUUUUGGAGAGAUUUCCCAAUUUUGUGCUACCACCAGAAAUUACAGACGAAGGUUGGUAUUUUCUUGGGAGAGAAGAAACUGAAGAAGAAGCCUGGGAAAGGGCUGGGAGAGUCUGGGAAAGACUGACACACUUAAGUGAGCUUGAUGAAUAUCAAGGAAAAGCGAUUUUAAUAGUGACACAUGGGCUGUUUUUGGAUUUUCUGAUGGGAAGACUGUGCAAUAGAGAAAUGAAAGGGCCACCAAGGUUUGCGUUUUAUAACACAGGGUAUUCUCUUGUGUGGCUUAAGAAGCCUAGAACAAUAGUGCAUUAUAUUGACAGAAUUGAACAUUUGACUGUAAUCCCACUUUUGUAUAGGAAUGGAGAAUUAGAUGAUUAA